CCGGCGGCGAGGAGCACGCGCACACAGACACCGUGCGCCGCGCGCUGUCUUCGAGGCGCUAACCGCGGCGGCAGCCGCCGCUGCGCCUCCCCGAGGCGCGCUGUGGUGCGCGUAAUCGAGGCGGCGGCGCGAAGCAGCAGCAGCAGCAGCAGCAGCGAGACGAGAAUUUACACGAAGGCAGCAGCAGCAGCAGCUCGGCCGGCUCGCCACAGUACCCGCGCGGCUCUUCAGACCGUGCGUUAGCCGCCCUGUGUGGAUGUCAGUGGCUCCGCGCCGGCGCGCGCUCUGCCAAUGGAUACCGCCUCCGACAAUCAGCGCUUCCGCCGUCGGUGCAGGCUGCAACCUCUUUUCGUUCGGACACCGGCCACGGCACGCCAGCAGGCGUGAUGGGCGUCGGGUCGGGCGGUGUGCGGCCCGCGGCAGCGUAGCAGCAGCAGCCAGCCACCAGCAUGAACCUGGACGCCGAGAACCGCGUCGUACUCAACGUGGGCGGCAUCCGGCACGAGACCUACAAGGCGACUCUCAAGAAGAUCCCCGCGACGCGCCUCUCCCGGCUCACCGAGGCCCUGGCCAACUACGACCCCGUGCUGAACGAGUACUUCUUCGACCGCCACCCGGGCGUCUUCGGACAGAUACUCAACUACUACCGCACGGGCAAGCUGCACUACCCGACCGACGUGUGCGGGCCGCUCUUCGAAGAGGAACUCGAGUUCUGGGGACUCGACGCCAACCAGGUGGAACCCUGCUGCUGGAUGACCUACACGCAGCACAGAGACACGCAGGAGACGCUGGCCGUGCUGGACAGGCUAGACCUGGACACGGACAAACCGAGUGAGGAGGAGAUCGCACGCAAGUUCGGCAUGGAGGAGGAGUACCUCGCUGGCACGCUGUCUUGCUGGCAGCGGGUCAAGCCCAAGAUCUGGUCGCUGUUCGACGAACCGUACUCUUCCACCGCCGCCAAGAUCAUCGGCGUGAUGUCCGUCUUCUUCAUCUGCGUCUCCAUCCUGUCCUUCUGUCUCAAGACCCACCCCAACAUGCGCGUGCCGGCCAUCAAGAACAUCACCGUGCAGACGUCGGAGAGCGCCGUCGCGUGGACGCUGGACAAGAUCCAGACGAAUCCGCACGACGCUUUCUUCUACAUCGAGUGCGUCUGCAACGCCUGGUUCACCUUCGAGAUCAUCAUUCGCUUCGUCGCCAGCCCCAGCAAGCUGGACUUCGUGCGCGGCGCGGUCAACAUCAUAGACUUCACGGCCACGCUGUCCUUCUACAUCGACCUCACCCUCCAGAAGCUCGCCUCGCACCUGGAGAACGCGGACAUACUAGAGUUCUUCUCAAUCAUCCGCAUCAUGCGACUGUUCAAACUCACCCGCCACUCGGCCGGCCUCAAAAUCCUCAUACAGACAUUCAAGGCCAGCGCCGGCGAGCUCAUUCUGUUGGUAUUCUUCCUGGUGCUGGGCAUCGUGAUUUUCGCCAGCCUCGUCUAUUACGCCGAGCGGAUCCAGUCGAACCCCGAGAACGACUUCAACAGCAUACCGCUCGGCCUCUGGUGGGCCCUGGUCACGAUGACCACAGUGGGCUACGGCGACAUGGUGCCCAAGACUUACGCCGGCAUGUUCGUGGGUGCGCUGUGCGCGCUGGCCGGCGUGCUGACCAUCGCGCUUCCCGUGCCCGUGAUCGUGUCCAACUUUGCCAUGUUCUACUCGCACACACAAGCGCGAGCCAAGCUGCCCAAGAAGCGGAGACGUGUGGUGCCCAUCGAAGUGCCCCGGGGACCUCACCGCAGGCCACCCGACGUCAAGAACACCAAAGACGCUUGUAAGGCGGGCGGAGGGGCAGACGCUACAUGCUGUGACGAUAGCCUGACAGAGGUCCCAAUCAACAACGCAAUGAAAGGACGGCAGCAGCAAGUGAUGGCCGACCUUCCCAGGAGAAAUCAAACGAUACGCACCAGGGGUCCGGGCAAUGGGGAAGAGUGCGUCCCGAUGCUGAUGCUGAACCAUUCGGAAACUGCCCAGGAGACGACGGGCCGGACGCCGCCGCGGCGAACGAGCAGCUCCGCCGACCGGAACGCCAAGCUCCUUGAGAUGGGUGCCUCAAGCAUCUCUCCAGCGUCCCACGUGGGCUGCGGCAGUGGCGGCGGCGGUUCGACGGGGGCGGACGGCGGGAGCGGCGGCAGCUCGUCGGCGGCCGUCAACCCGUCCUCGACCACGGCCAACCUGAUACAACUGGUCGGCAGCGGAGGCGGCACGGAGAGGGUGCACCGAGGCAGCGCCACCUCGGCCGCCUCCAUCAUGGCCAUCGCCAACAAGAUCGAGACGUGAGGCCUCGCGUGCCUGCCGACGCCAUGUGGCCGCUUCUCCCUUAAUCUGGUGCAAGUUGCGACUCUUUAGAAACACAAACUCGUUAUGCAAUGGUGCGGAAAUAUGGUGGUGUGCUUGUGCUGGUGUGUACAUAACGCGAGGAGCGAGUGCUGGUGAAAAAAAACUGUGGAUACGCCACGUUGUGCCCUGAGAGAGCAUCGCAUCACGGAAAACGAAAGGACUGAGCAAGGGACGGGGAGGCAAGAUGGCGGACGCGCCUCAUCAAGAGAACAGGAGGACCACCACAUCGUUGUUUCGUCUUUCCCUUUUUUUAAAGUCGUGCUCAUCUGUCUGUUCCUUUUUUUUUUUUUUGCUUUCCUUUCAGUGUCUCAUCCCGUUUCUUCGGCGUGUCGUGCCACAAUCGACAUCUAUUUGCAAUUAUACGUUAGUUUCCUUCGCACACUUUUUUUUUACAAGACCCGAGGGCAGCUUCUGAAGCGGGGACCUUACUUAACUGUCUUUUAGACAGAAUGAGCUUGUACCCUCUCUGUACUUUAUGCUCCAGUCUAUAUAUUAAGGCCGUGGGCAUUUCCCAACCCUCAGAGAACGUGUCGCCAUUAAUUGAUCAUCAAAAGGCUCAAGAACUUCGAUUACUUUCUCUAUAGGACUACUAUACCGUCACAGAAAAUUCAUUUGACAGAAGAGGAACGAAAGCCAAUAGCUACUCAUUGCUCAUCCCCACAUCGCGUUAAAAAAAAAGCCGCAAGGCUUGCCGGGAGCUUCAGCAAACUUUUUCAAAAGCUUCCUUCAAAAGUUACCCCAUAUGUAGCCCAGACAAGAAUUGUCUUGAAUUGAUGACUACGUUUCUAGGGUUGUGUUCCAAUUCUGGCCUGCACUGGAAACAGUCUUUGUUUUCUGCCAGGAAGACAGGAGAGCACACGUAAUGGAACGCAUUUGGAACGAACCGUCUGGAAGACGUUACGCCACCUCGCGUCGACAAGAAAAAGCUAAGAAAAUUGCGUAUUGCUGUUGUAUUUUAACACUUUGCGUGCAUGAACCUGUGAAAAACACAACGUCGCUUUCAUUAAGCGUUUAAGAAAACGUGACGACGUUUUCCUGUGAGCAGACGACCUUCCCGUCGAGUUUCCAUGUCUUCUGCUCAGCCGCCAUCUUGCUUAGAUAAAAAAGUAUAGCCUGCAUCGUUUUUUGUACUUCGAUGCUGUCUUCGCAAAGCUGUCUUAUUUGCCGGCUUCUUUAGAAGUCAAACAACACUUAAGAUGGCCGCUGUCCACUAAGCUAUCUAUUUAGCCGUCUAUGGCGAUUAUUGGAACACAGCCCAGGACGGAUGAAAGAUUAAAGAAACAAAAGGCGGGAGAACAAGUGCUGACCUCAAGCCGGGAAACGCGGUAGCUUACAUGAACGUAACGAAUAGAUCUUCGGCUUUGUAUCGCCGAGACAGAUUUGUUUCGCAAGUUGGUAACGUCAUCGUUACAGGGCCUUUCUUGGCGGAUGCGCUGAAGUGAUUGCACAGACUGUUAACUUAUUUGUCGAAACGGUCCCGAUAGUUUAUUUGUAGCUAUGUCCCCGAUGCCACGCUCAUCGAGGACGUACAAGAUCAGACGCGCUGUUCCCCGGCCCUCUCUAAUACCCAAGCCCGCGAUAGGGAGCAGUUGUACGAGUGUUUACAGACAAUACUUAAAUUUGUCGCCGACUAAUAUGUGACCGUGCCGUGAGAACGAUAGGGAAAUGUGAUAGAGCACAGAAGAUAAGUUCUUACGGUGUCUAUCCUUUCGACACUCUGCUUAAACAGCACAAAUUAUUUUGACACCAAAAAAAAUCUCCUCUUGUGUAAAUAACUACUUCCGCUCGUUAUGUAGUUUCAAGCCAACAGACCACUAAGUAUUUUCCAUGGGUGAGAAGAAAAAAACAUAACAAUAGAUACGUGAAGUAUGGUAUAGGCUCUAGCAAAAGGCAUGCUUCUUGAUUUUUUUUAUUUUUUUUUCUUCGAACGAAGAUUGGCGAGCCCGAAGUGAGAAAAAACUCGUAACUCCUAGCUUUUUUUCUAUAUAUUCUUUAAUUUCUUCGUCACGACACGAGAGUGAUCACCUUCGAUUAGCGGCAAGGACCAGUGUUUGCCUCGAAACAAAGCCAUAACUGAAUGUUACGAAAUGUUGCUCAACGGAUGCACAGACCUAUAGAAACAACUUUAUAUGUGUUGCUUACAUUUUGUUAUCCCCCCACAAUCGUCCACAAUGUCACCUAACCCGUUCGACCGUGUAACACAAGUAACUCGUGGUAACCGCCACUACAAAGAAUUUGCAAAAAGUUACUGAGCCAAGUAAGCAUUUGACGUCACUUGAAAAGAACGGCCACUUCUUUUUUCUUUCAUGCAGCAUGCAAACUGCUGCCCGCAAAAAUGGUCUUGCAUCCAGAGCUCUACCGGAAUUGACCAAUUCGGUCGUAAGUAUUAUGUGUUCAAAUUGACUGCAGAAUACGUACCUCCUCGUAUAUGAAAAAAGGUAAUCGUUAGUAUUUUAAGGACUGUGAGGUAAGCAAGAAGCCCAGCGAAAUGCGCGUAAGAGUUCGUGUAUUUAGCAACUGGCCUCGAAAACAUCUGAUAUUUAAACAAAACCUAUCAUUGUAUCAUUGCAUUUUUUUUUCAUUUCACGUAAGAAAAACUGCAUAAUCACAACCAAGCAGCGCCAAAUGUAUAUUGCUCAGUUUAGUCAGCUCUUUACAGUUACAUAUCGUUACAGCACCCUCAACCAUGGCAAGCUUAUCUUCGCGUACCUUUAUUUUUGUUUUUUGAGAACAAGCACUUACGAGAACGCGGUGACGUUUUGUGAGAGGUCAGCUAACCGUCUCGAUACUGGCGCAAACGUGACACGUCUGAUAGCAAGCGAAAUGUUACUAAAGUCUCUUUGUACGUAAUUUGUGGGCAAAAUACGCGUUUACAAAGCUUUCGCAAUUUUUCGCUUACUUUACGCAUAUAUAGUUUCGUACUAAAAUCACUAUAGGGGACUAUGGCACUGCAUUCGUUCGUUUCCGUGGGAAUAAUCGGAAUGAUGGUUAGCAAAUGAUUUUUUCUAACCUUCGUGCUUAUGUCUCCACACGUUCCGUCUGAGGUGAUUGCUUGCGUUUUAGUUUGUUCUCUCUCUCUCUCUCUUUUUUUUUUGUCUUUCCAAUUUUCCAUACACUCACAGUUUACCGAACACAGCAACGGAAAUUAAUAUCUGCGCGUAUACGUAAUCAGCGCAAUAUUUGUUAUUGUUGUUGUUGUUGAAUAUGAUCACUAUUCAAAAUUACAAAGCCGUUUGAAGUCAGAAGGGCGAAGUUUAGGCAAUCCAUGUACUGCCCAUCAUUGCCGCGCUGGCAGAACCGCCAUGUUUGCGGCUCCUUCGGACAGUAGAGCCAUAGUUCACUCUAGUGAUUUUUUUAGUAUACUCGAUUCUCUAACCAUAGCUUCCGAGAUCUGGCGGUGCCUGCACUCAGCCCGAUCUCGGAGGUCAUACUUUAACCCAUAAAGCUUACGCCGCAACGCAAGGACGACAGCGCUGUGUAGCAGAAUAGAACAAAAAGGUCGAAGCAUACGCACGUUUUCUCACUCUCCUGGCAACAAUGUUUAGAAAUGAAAUGCAUCCAGAGACGCAUCCGAACUAAGGCUGCGAAUAAGACAAAGUCACUGCUCUAAUAUAGCAGCGUCAUUUUACUUGCGUACGCGCGGAAUCACUGCGAAAGCACAUCAAAGCUCCGAAAACGGUUUAAAAAAGGGCAUCCAAAAAGUAGUGUUUAUUUCACGCCUUUCUGACCAUGGCACAAGAAGUGACCUUCUCCUUACAUUUUUUUUUAAUGGCGCUAGAAAUUACAAAGCUUCGCAUAAUUCCUAUAAUUCAACGCAGCAAGCCUUGAAAUUCCGUCGUUUUGAAGACGGUGAUGUGCUUCGCUGAGAGCAGCGCAAAGGACCAAGACUUUCUAUAUGUUUCCUUGUAGAGAACCUCACGUGCUUAAUGUCACCAAAAAAUAGAAGGUUUAGGAAGCUCACACAGGACAACGUGAUUUUUUUUCUUGCACAUGCCUUAAGAAGUUUAUACUUAAGCCAAAAAAGAAAAAAAAAACACUGCACCCGGAAGUCACGUAUCAGCGAUUGUGUAAUUAAGCAAAACGUUGCAUUUACGUAACGAGCAUAAAAACAAAAACAAAAUGUAUAAAGCGUUGCGCGUGUUCGCUUAAUCUGUGCUCUCCGCAGAAACGUUGUGUAUACAAUGUCACAAGCUCGUCUUAUACAUUCACACAUACCGUAUAUAUCUACCAGAGUACACGUACACACACAUCAGCGGGUCCCAAGCGUCACUAUGGUGCCUUUUUUCUAAAUUUAACUACUGGAGUUUUACCCUGUCUAUACCUCUAUAGAAGCCAUCAAUGUAUUCUCACCACGUAGACAUUUCACUUGUUGAAGUAGAGGCUUUCUCGCAUACUGAAAGAUACCUCGAACACAGUCGAACUCGGAGACGUGGGAAUAAAGCCUAGCGAAUUGAAACGUUAUUUCGCCGGCCAAGGAUGUAACGGCAAUAUUAGCUAAACAUUGUUACAUUUUCUAGCCAUAGCAAGAGGUAAUUAUGUGCGCGCAAUUAAAACUGUUCUUACCCGCCUAAGACUUGUUCCUGCUUGCACAUUCAACAGAACGUACACACUCUUCAUGGGCGAAGCUGACUGGAAAUAUUUCACUCAAUGAUCAGAUAAUCGCGUGCACUGACUUGCUGGACCACUGAAAGUAGCACGUGCCCUCUAGCGAGCGUUUGAGCCAAGUUCGGAAUCUCGCUUUGUCUUUUGCGUUGGCCGUGUAAGAGGCCUAGCCUUCGGCGUAAGGCAGCCGAUACAGUUCUGUGUUCUUAAUCGUUGAAUCACAUUGGUCAUUGACACUCGAAGCACUAUUAAGCCCAAUCGCGAAACUAAACAACAUUUCGCUUCAUCGUUCGCAAUACGCACGAGAGGUGUCAAGCUCGCGCGAUUCCUUCCGGAACACAGUGAUAAAAAAAUAUGAAAGAGGAAAAUGCAUAGCCCCCGGCAAGUGGCAUGAAGUACCCUAAGAAUGCGAACGCAUCAACAGUGUACAAGGCGCACUGAGGCUGCCGCGUUGCGAGCAACCGACGCGAUAUCUACAGCGUAUACUGUACUCUCGCAUCCGGUUUUCCAUUAUUGUCCCGCAGAAUCAUAUAGCAGUAUGACAUAACGGCUCAAAACUGCAGUUAGUAGUGUGUACUAGCAGAGGUGCGUGUGAGAAAUUGAUAAAGACGUUCCACCCUAUAAAUAGCAGUUUUAAACAGCUCGAUGCAGAGAGGCUGCGUUACGCACCCGACUGGAGGCUAUUGUGACUCGACUCGCACACAUGUUCAGCUUGAAACACGUGCUCGAGCAGCUGGGCGUAUUGACCAGUGUUGAAUAUUUUAGGAUGUUAUGAAUUCGAUUGCAUUUCUUUGUGCGCACGCUUGUUUUCUAUACUGAACCCACGUCACAGGUACGAUUGUAAUUCUUCAUGAAUUGAGCAUCCUUUUCUUGUGACGUGGGCAAAUGUGUUCGUUUGAUCUACUGUAAGUAACGGCGAUUGGCUGGUGUCUUUGUUGGUAACCUUCUAUGUUUCUGCCAUAUUUUUUUUUUUUUUGCACACUGUAGAAUAAUAGCGCGAGACACUAGGGAAGUCCCUUGUGUAUAGUGCUAUUAUUCGUCAAUGUGAAACACCAACUCCCCUUCAUUUUGUAAACACUGUCCAACUGCAAAAAAUCAUAUAGUUUUUCUUUUUAAAUUUUGCUGAUUAGUUCGAUAUGAAUCCCUUUAUUGCAGUGAAGUUCAUUUUAAAGACGGGACACAGCUGCAGUUCGGGUAUUUUAGAAAUAGUGGGCCCAAAGUUGGGGCACACACUAUCGGUCCAGCGUAUACAAAAAAGCUUGGGUAUUACACAUGCGCAGUGGGCCUGCAGCUCUCCGUAGGGUACGACAAGCUGCUUGCGUGUGUUAUUUCAAAGACUUAUGAUAUACUCUAUAUUGCGCCCGCCAACACAGGCAGCAUGCAAGACUAUAGUUCGUGUGCGGUUUCAAUAUACAGAGCGCAAGAAUACGAAUCAAGAGUGUGUGACUCUAUAUGGUGUGCGCGUCAUGCAAAAAUGAAGGUUGCGAUAAAGAAAACAAAAUUUUAGGAAGGAAGCGACAACAAAAAAGGAGUUGAAAAAUGGCUCAAACGAGUAAUUUCGCAGAAUGUCAAAUGGAAUUCGCUUUUGUUUACGGAAAGCGUGUCGCGCUUAACGGAAACGAUAACCUGAUUAGUAUUCGAGCACUUAUUCCAACUUGUUGAGAGAAAAUUGCGGCAGAAAAGCCGCAAGAACCGACAGGUCAGGUUUUUUUUCAAGUGGGAUGGACACCUUUGCCUCAGGAAGGAAGCACUUAACAGUUAACGCAUGGAAAUUACUAAAUGUGCUAACCUUUAUACAGACACGGCACAGCAACCUAUACUGCAAAAUUCUGAGAAACAGUUCACCUAAAAUGAGGAACUCUAUUAAGAGAGAAAAUAACUUCGUAAUGUCCUAGAACCAAUAUAAUAUUACAACUUAGAAUUAACGUCAAAAACUAGUCAGAAAUUACUGUGACGUACCGGUCAUUUCGACUGUUUCUCCAGGCGUUCCUGAAGAAAUCGCUUGAAACACCGCUCCAUUUUCCUGUAAAUUGUAUAAAUGUUUUCAAAACAAAUAAUAAUAAUAAUAAUAAUAAUAAUAAUAAUAAUAAUAAUAAUAAUAAUAAUAAUAAUAAUAAUAAUAAUAAUAAUAAUAAUAAUAAUAAUAAUAAACGCAGUAUGUUGCAACUGUCACUGUCGAAAUUGCUACUUAUGAUCACCUAUCUGCACAAAAAAGAGAAAGAAAAUAAAAAUGUUUCUACGCGUAAAAUUCCUAUAGGGUACAUGAAAACAGAUUAGUCACGGAAAGCGCGAGUGCUUCUUUUCAUUCGCGUUGCUAAGACCGAACAUCCGCAAUUGUCGUUCUAAAUUAAAUAUGUAUAUUUGUUUAUUUAUUUAUUUCCAUGCAAAAAAAUAUUAAUUGAUCCACAGUGUACGCCUGCGUUGGUAGCUUUGUCGAGAUAAACAGAAUACAAUAGCCCGCAGAUUCCUAAACCCCAUCUUGCAUUGUUAUCAUCCAAUUUUCCUCUCAGACUGUAGACGACAUUUCCCGAGGAGACGUGAGAAGCGCCCAGUACCUGCAUCAUUGACGAAACAUUUCUUCGUCUAUACCGUACGACUUGUAAUCGACUUUCGCUUACACACAUCGCCAGGAGCGGUGAAUUUCCAUAUCGCGACCGAAUGUAUUGCAUUCUGACACCCUUUCUUAACGUUAACGCGAUAAAAAUCACAAUGCAUAUAGAAGACGAUGGUAAAAAGUUUGUUGAGCAUAAAAAUUACGUAAAUGCAUCUUCCAAGCAACCUUUCGCACUUUCUUCGAGACAACAUUAUGUGACAUUGCGUUGUCGGAAAUGCCAGCAAAAGGCGCUUGGAUUGCAAACGUUGUAUGUCCAAAUCCACGGCCCCAGCAACGGUUCCCUUUGAGUAACGGACACCAAUCUCGAAGGUCAUGGUUUUGCUGGCUACAUGUGCCGGAAGCAAUAUUUAGGAGUCGCAGACACGUCAUAGGCACCAUGUUUUGGACACCACCUAUUAGCUACCUUGAGAUGCGCUACUAUUGAUUGUCGCUGUAUCGCCCCCAACGGGGCACGUCAUUCGGAUCGUAUUUAUUCAGGUCAAAUCUCAAUGACUAUGUAAUAAAGAAAGGGUAGUCUACAAAGCCGGUCGCUUAGAUCAUCAUCAUCAUCGUGGUCAUCGUCGUCAUUAUCAUCCGUCUAAUUGAAGCCCCACCUAAGGACGUAGGCUUCUACCAGAUAUCGUCAAUUGCCCCUGACCUACGUGAGGCGAAAGCACUCUACAACCGCGAAUUCCUUAAUCGUAUCGCCCCUUCUGUAUCUCUGCCGCCCUCGACUGCUGUUCCGCUUUCCCUUGGCAUCCGCCUUGUCAAAUUAAUGGACCACUGGUUAUCACAUGUUCUACGCAUUUCCCAGUGUACAUAGCUUCACUUCUUCAUCUCAUUGUCAGCUAGAACAUCAUCUAUAUGCUCGCGUUUCGUACGUUAAUCCACGCUGAUAUAUAUAUAUAUAUAAACGUUACGAAACCUGACUGACUUUACAUCACUCGUUCGCGCGGUCCUUACCUUACCUACGUUUCAAGCUUUUGUUGUUAGCGUUAAAAUUUCGGUCCUAUAGCUUAAUAGAUUAGAGCAAAUUACAAUGAAGGGAAAAUAUACUUUUUCCUCUCAGGCUGGGAAGAUGUCGAACGGUAACGCGCUGACAAGGUCACUAACCCCACUGUAAUUUCAAAGUCUCAGGCAAUAGUCAUUACUGUUCUGCUCGCAUAGAAAUUGAGUGUUCUCUGUAAGUGCGACACGCUGGAGGAAACCAAGCCGUGCAAAGCGGCAAAACAAAAACUAUUGUUUGACGUUGCAUGACGUGGCGUCGUACGCAUGACGUACGUCGCAUAACCUGGCGAGGCAUCUGCUUUGCCGAGACGCUCUGGGACCACGUGAUAUGGUGGACUUCGGUGUUCACUCUCGUCUCCGCACCUCUUGAUCCGUGUUCGCGCGCUGCAGAAAUGCGAGUCCUCGCACGACGGGCUUCAUGUGCAGGAUAAGAAAGUCGUGUGACGCAAAAUGACAGACAGUGCAGAUGUCACGUAUUCGCUUUCUUUGUUGUUGUUGAUGUUGCCGCUGCUGUUGCUCUCAAGCACAAAGAAAGCCUGCAACGACGCUUGAGCCACGGCCGAGCAUCUGAGUGCUGAAUGCGCUAAUUGUCUCUCAUGUAUUGUAAGCUCAGUCAGCCACGCCGCCGAAAGCAUGGACUGCCAACUCAAUGUGAACACAGACACACACAUACACACACGGGCACACACGACUCGCCUCAUCGCCAAGCAGGCGCCCGGAGCGCGCGCGCUCCUUCACCGCUGUAGGAGCGACGGUUCCACACUUUUUUUUUUCCUUCUUUUUGCGUUCUUUGACAAUACAUGUUGACUGCAAAUAUAUAGAUAUAUUAUAAAUAUAACUCUAUCACACUUCCGCCGCAUGAGAGUGGUUAAAGCUAUUUCAUGUUGUCAUUACUUUUUCUUAACAUGUUGACGCCAUGGACGCUGACGUACGAGUGUCACUAAUAAAGCGAAGGUUAACGUAA